CCGCAGCAGCAGGCGGCGCACCCGCUGACCCCGCUGAGCGGCGAGCCCGGCCAGACCCAGCGAACGCACAUCAAGACGGAGCAGCUGAGUCCCAGCCACUACAGCGAGCAGCAGCAGCACUCGCCCCAGCAGAUCGCCUACAGCCCGUUCACCCUCCCGCACUACAGCCCCUCCUACCCGCCCAUCACCCGCUCGCAGUACGACUACACCGACCACCAGAACUCCGGUUCCUACUACAGCCACGCGGCGGGCCAGGGCUCCAGCCUCUACUCCACCUUCAGCUACAUGAACCCCGCGCAGCGGCCCAUGUACACGCCCAUCGCCGACACCUCCGGGGUCCCUUCCAUCCCGCAGACCCACAGCCCCCAGCACUGGGAACAGCCGGUCUACACACAGCUCACCAGACCUUGAGGAAACCUUGCACCGAGGGCGUUGAUGGCCCGCGAUGAUCAGAAAAAGAACCGAAGAAAUAAAUCACCAACCAGAAUUUCCUUGGGGACAGUUUUUUUUUCCUUCUUCUUAUUCCUUUAAGACAUUUAAGCUAAAGGCAACUCGUGCCCAGAUUGCAAGACAGAAACAUUAGGUAUCCAGACGCGUGACCACCUUGCUGCAAAUCGGUGGCCCGGCAGCUCUCGGCCCCGGGGGACCUUUGGAAAAUCCGUAAGAAACCGAACUCGAAGACCUUCUACAGAGCAAGCACGGAGGAAGGUGGAGAAUCGUGUGACCAAUUUGUUUGCUCAAUCUCUCCGGCCUGUUUGGGACUUUGUAAUUAUUUUUUAGCAGUAAUUAAAGAAAAAAGUCCUCUGUGAGGAAUAUUCUCUAUUUUAAAUAUUUUUAGUAUGUACUGUGUAUGAUUCAUUACCAUUUUGAGGGGAUUUAUACAUAUUUUUAGAUAAAAGAAAUUAAAUGCUCUUAUUUUUUUCCAACAGCUAAACUACUUAGUUGAACAGCGUGCCCUAGCUUUUCCCGCAACCAGAGUAUUUUUGUACAGAUUUGCUUUCUCUUACAAAAGGAAAAAAAAAAGCGUGUGCGUGUUGUUGUAUUAACAAAAAAAAAAAAAAAAAA